GUUUUGGGAAACUGUUCCUAUGGUAGAUGCAGCUUUUUGCACACUUGCCGGGUAUAGCCCUAUUACUUUGGAGGGUAGCUCCUCUUUUAAAGGGCCAUUAUAGUAGACACAUGACAUUGUCUAAGCCGUUAGAGCAUAUCAUUUUAAGACUAAUCGACCCUGUAGUACGGUGUGCUUGACCCCUACAAAGAUGUUAAACAUACAGUAGAACUGCUGCACAGGACCCACAGAGCACUUCAGGUCCCAAGUGGGAAACACAGAUGAUCCAAUAACAGCACAUCUGAGUCGUGCUACUAGCACUGCCAUCCACAUUCCGUGUGACCAAAUGGGCGGCAGAAUUUCUCAGUCAUCAGUCUCUCUUUACCCAGGAGACUGGUUUCUAAAGCAGGAAGAUUUCAACUAGCACUUGGCGUAAAGCAGGAGCAGUCACCUCACCAUCCUAAAUACUGUACAUUUUUCUGUAGUCUAAAUUUAGUCCAUUUUUAAUAAAGUUUGUUGACAAUCUAAGAAAAAAACAAAACAAACUAAACUACAACUCCCGAAAUUCAUUGUGGAAACGGCGCUUGCUAAUUGGCCAUUUUUUUUUUCUGACAGUGGUAACUAGGCAACCAGUUUGUACACAACAUGGCGGCUGUGCACUGAGCGUCCCGUUACCCAGCAGCGAGUCCCGGGGGAGCUGUAACAUGGCAGCGCUGGCAAUGCUGAGCCCAGGGCUCCUGGAGGACUUCUCACUCCCGGAUUACCCGGAGAUUGAGGGGGCGAGCGGGCAGGGAUGGGAGAGUCCUGAACCUGAUAGUUACCGAGAGCUGAAAGAGCCGCUGAGUGACAGCGAGAGCAGCCAGGAGGGAGAGGAGGAGAGUGAGACGAUGUUUGAUGCGGUGUUGAAGGAAGAAAUGGUUGCCGAAGGACUGUCCAUGUUGGGUCGCUCAGCGCUGGGCACUGAAUACGUUUUUCUGAAUCUGACACUAUCUAAUCGUAUGUUACAGAGCAUUCAGCUCCUCUGCAAAUACAUUCACCUGCAAAAACUGGAUGUCUCCUGCAAUGAAAUCACUGAUUUAUCCUGUGUCAGUCACAUGCCGUACCUGACUGAGCUCAAAGCAUCCAAUAACAAGCUGACCACAUUUUUCGAUUUUGCACCGCCAAAAAAUCUACAGGUGGUGGACCUUUCUUUCAAUCUUAUAACGGAUAUGAAAGACUUAUCUGUGCACAAAGUGCUGAGAACUCUUAUACUGAACAAUAAUAAAAUAACAGAGAUCAAAGGAUUGGAAAAUUGCCGCAGCCUCUCACACCUUAACUUGUCUCACAACCAAAUCAGCAGCAUCUGUGACUUCGGGAGUUUACCAAUCAAAACACUAUGCCUGGGUUCCAACCAGAUUAAAAACAUCUCUGGCUUAGACAAUUUGAAAAACCUGCAAACACUGGACCUGUCUGGGAACCGGAUCUCCAGCCUGGAAGGUUUGGAGGGGUUGGACCUUCUGCAAAAUCUUCAUCUGGAAGACAAUGAAAUUUGUGAGAUCAGUGAAAUAUCGUACAUUGAAGAACUUCCGUUGCUGCACGUGCUAAAUCUUGUAAAAAACCCACUUCAGGAACAACCAGAAUAUUGGCUGUCUGUGCUGUUCAUGCUUCAGAGAUUAACUGAACUGGACCUGAAGAAGGUUAAGAUUGAGGAAAAGGUGGCAGCAGUGAAUAAAUAUGACCCCCCUCCUGAAGUUAUAGCGGCCCGUGAUCACAUGGCGCAUGUUAUGUACAGCGUUAUUCAGCCACAGAGGGUGUUUGACAGCACACUACCCAACUAUAACACCCCGUACCCCAUGUUAGUGCUGACUGGUCCUCAGUCCUCUGGGAAGCGAGAACUGGUACAUCGGAUGUGCCGCGGGUUCAAGGAAUUUUUCCGAUAUGGCCCAUGCCACACCACCCGGAAUCCAUACUUUGGUGAGGAGAAACGUUUUGAUUACCACUUUGUUACACCAGAGGUGUUUGAGGAUAUGACCUGCUCGGGUCAGUUUCUUGUGACUAUGAAAUACAGUGGCCACUACUACGGUCUUAGCAGAGAGGCUGUUGAGUCUGUUGCAAGAGAAGGUCUUGCUUGCUGCACCCACAUGGAAAUAGAGGGAGUAAGGAGCUUGAAGAAUUCCCACUUUGAACCUCGGUACAUCCUGCUUCUGCCUGUAAACAAGGAGCGAUAUGAGGGAUGGCUGCGGAGGAAAGGCUUAUUCACCAGACCGGAGAUAGAGGUCGCGGUGUCCCGUGUAGACAUGUACAGAAAAAUCAAUGAGAAUAACCCAGGCUUCUUUGAUGCUGUGAUCAAUACAGAUGAUUUGGAUGAAGCCUACACUAAAUUAAGUUUACUGAUUAAGGAAUACUUGGGUCUCAUUGAACCUACACGUUCCAACCAGAGUGUUACAAGGGAGAAAGCAAGCACUGAUUCUGGUAAGUCGCUGAGUGGGUCGUCACCAGGUGCAGUUGGCAAACUCGCUCGGAUGGAAUCCACUAAUGAUUUCCUGGAUGCAGCUGCCAGAAACUACUCCGCUAGAAUCUCUGCAAAAGUGUGCGCGCAGAAAACGCCCGUGGAAGAAGCCUCUGUGCAGAGACGUCAGCAGGCAGCCCGGCAGGCCCUAGCAAUGAAGACCCCGAGCACAUACACCCAGCUGUUCCAAAGAUGUCCCGUUACUGCGCCAGCAACACUGGGAACGCACCGUCUUUUACUAGACCCGGCAUCGUGCUCAUCUAUGCUCCCGAGCGGGAGUAAUGUUACUGGAGAUCGCAGCCUGGCACUGGCCAGCCCUGAUACCAGCUCCAGAGAGUCACGGGCCAGUUCAGGCCUUUCUUUAGUCUCCUCAGCGGGCGCAUUCUCUACAAGAAGAUCAUCUCAACAAACUCCGAUCAUUAAUAUUCACUCUCCUCCAGAAGAUAAGAUAGAGCCUCUGGAUCUGUCUGGCCUUGGGCAAGGAUCAGAGAGCACACCAGAUCAGAACAGUGUAGGACACACUCCGGAUACACCGCGGUUGCCAUCUACAGACCGUUCUGAUCACAAAGCGUCCAAGUCCAAAGCAUCUUCUUCAUCCAGGCUCUCAGCCCACACAAGCCGCCCGGGUUCUGAUACAAAACCAAUUCUACCUCCCAUCCCAUCAGGGCGGAAGAAAACGAAAUGACUGACAAAUCUGUGAUUCCUGAGCUAUACAAAUACAGCAUUAUUUUUAAUGAACGCUCGCUUGGUUUCUGGGCUCGUCAACUGUUUCCAUCUCUAUACAGAAAAAUGAAUGCUUUAUUCCUAGUUCAUCUGAGUUUGUUUUGGGCAUAAAAUUAGAAAUAUUUCAUAUUGUAAACAAAAUCCAGUUGUUUUUCAUUAUCCUGCUAAUUCUGUUUCAUGAACUGUAAUACUUAUCCUGAAUAAAUAUUUCACAUAAA